AUGAACUUCACCAAGAAAUUCGACCGCGCCUUCCAAUGGGCCGGCGAGAAGAUGGGCUCCGAGUCCAAGACCGGCCACUCGGACGAAUUCAAAAUGUUGGAGCAGGAAAUGGCCCUCCGAUAUGACGGUAUGGAAAGGCUGCAAAAGUCUACCAACACAUACGUCAAGUGGAUCGCCCGCCGCGGCGAAGGCUUCGAAGACAAGGAGAAGGGACUGCCCAUCGCCUUCGUCGGUCGCAUGAUGAUUUCCCACGGCGAGGAAUUCGAAUCAGACUCCGAUUUUGGCGCCUGUCUGCUCGCCCUUGGCCGAACCAACGAGCGCUUGGCCGGCAUCCAAGAAGGCUAUGCGUCGGAAAUCACCAACAACUGGCUCGAAUCCGUUGAGAGGUCGCUGGCUAUGAUGAAAGAAUACCAGGCCGCACGGAAGAAGCUCGAGUCGCGUCGAUUGGCCUAUGAUGCGGCCAUAAGUAAGAUGCAAAAAACGAAGCGCGAGGAUUUCCGUCUCGAGGAGGAACUCCGCACCGCACGCGCCAAGUUUGAGGAGGCAGGCGAGGACGUGAUGCGCCGCAUGCAGGACAUCAAGGAAGCUGAGGCCGACAACGUCCGCGACCUGACCGGCCUGCUCGACGCCGAGUUGGACUACCACGAGCGCUGCGCCGACGAGCUCCGCCGCCUUCGCCAGGGCUGGGCCGGUAACAACGCUCCCGCCUCCCCCUCCGACCGCCGUCUCGGAAACGGCCGCGGCAGGUCCAACACCACCCGUUCCUUCAACGACUACUCGUCCCGCAACCAGCACGUAGAGGAGGAACCCGAGCCGAUGCCCGUACGCAUGCCCAUUCGUUCGAACCGUUCCGAGGUGAACCGCUCCGAGAGCACUAGGUUCGGCGCGUCGGCAGAACCCGCGAGACCGUCCAUCGGUAGGUCCCAGACGUUCCAGGGCCCAGCCGCCGCCGAGCGCCGAUCGAUUGCUACUCCCCCGGUGCCGAGUGUGCCCAACGUGGGCUCUUUGCGUGGAAAUUUGAGACCUACAGGCAAGUCUCUUGGUAGAGACGAUGUUUUUGCCGACCGGGAUGAUGACCACACGACAGCCAGCGGAAGCGGCAGUCCAGAAUGGGGCGACCGCAGCGCCAGCCCCGCGACGAGCAUGGGCAGCCUGACUAGAAGCACGAGCAACCUGCAGUCCAAGAAGGCGCCUCCUCCUCCUCCCCCGAGCCGCGCAAAGAAGCCGGCACCACCGAUUCCCGCCAAGAGAGAGGUUGGGUAUUAG